GAAGAAGAAGCAAAGAGAAGAAGAAGUCAAUAAAUAAGGAAUUCAAAUUGAAUAAGAUAUUUAUCUCGUGAAAUAUCUUAUCUUCAAGUAGCGAUAGCAUUUGUAUCUUAAAUUAAAAGAAAACACUUUGGAGAAAAAAAAACUUCAAAAUUCAAAUAUGCUGAGGAAAUUCUGCAUUACUAGGUUAUCAGUAUUUUUUUUAUAUCUAAUAUGUUUCAUGUCUUAUAGUGAUGCAGCGGCUUCUGACAUACAAUUAGACGCUAAGGCACAAUCUACUCAUAGACUAGAUAGCUUGAAUUUACUGUCUUAUACACUUCUACUCAUUUUAACUGUACUCACUAUAUGGCUCUUCAAACAUCGUAGAGUAAGCUUUUUACAUGAAACUGGUCUCGCUGUUAUAUAUGGUCUCAUAGUUGGCGCAAUAAUACGAUAUUCAGGUACUACAACACAAGUAUUAAAUAUGCAGGUUAAUAUCAAUGACCCGUCUCAAUAUAACUCUUCAAUUCCUCCUGAUACAUUAUCUCUACACUUUCCAAUCAAGGAGCACACACAGACAACUAACAAAACCUUUCAAUAUGUAUUUAGAGAAGAAAUUGUGGAUCUCCAAGAAAAUGAAAUUGAUCUCAAGGCAACAUUCGACCCUGAAAUUUUUUUCAAUAUUAUUUUGCCACCAAUUAUCUUUCAUGCUGGAUAUUCUUUGAAAAGGAAAUAUUUCUUUCGUAAUUUGGGUGCAAUACUAACCUUCGCUAUAAUUGGCACGACGGUAUCCUCCUUUGCUGUGGGGGCACUAAUGUAUGGCUGUGUCCAGAUGAUGCCUGCAAAAUUGGCCACUAGUUUCACAUUCUUGGACACACUUUAUUUCGGAGCUCUAAUAUCCUCUACUGACCCACUGACAAUCCUUGCUAUUUUUAAUGACUUGAACGUAGAUGUUAACCUUUAUGCCUUAGUAUUUGGUGAAAGUGUCCUGAAUGAUGCUGUUGCUAUUGUUCUCAGCGGGUCAAUACAGAACUAUGAAAAACGUUACCAAUCUGGCACAGGAGGUUUUGAAACGAAAGCCUUUUUCAAGGCAGUAGGAGACUUCUUUGGAAUUUUCAUGCUAUCAUUACUCAUCGGAGCUGUAAUGGGUUGUGUUACAGCAUUGAUGACAAAAUUUACUAGAGUCCGCGACUUCCCCCUUCUAGAGUCUGCUUUAUUUGUGUUGAUGUCGUAUAGCACUUUUUUGAUUGCUGAAGCAUCAGAACUUACAGGUGUGGUAGCAGUUCUAUUUUGUGGUAUUUGUCAGGCUCACUACACCUACAACAACUUGUCUGAUGAUUCAAGAAUUAGAACGAAACAAAUGUUCGAGCUGCUCAAUUUCUUGGCUGAAAAUUUCAUAUUUUCUUAUAUAGGUGUUUCAAUGUUUACAUUCCCAAAGCAUCAUUUUGAUCCACUAUUCAUAUUUACAGGAUUUAUUUGUGCAGCGAUUGGAAGAGCCGCAAAUAUCUAUCCACUAUCUUUUCUAUUGAAUUUAGGAAGGAAGCCAAAAAUACCAUCGAAUUUUCAGCAUAUGCUGUUUUUUGCAGGACUGAGAGGAGCCAUGUCUUUUGCUUUGGCAAUACGUAAUACUCUAUCAGAAGCACGUCAAGCUAUGUUGACAACAACAUCUUUAAUUGUGAUAAUAACAGUAAUUAUUCAAGGAGGAGCAACUAUGAAUUUGUUGAACUGGUUCCAAAUUCCGGUAGGGGUUGAUGAAGAAACUGAAGCUUUAUCUCAACAAGGAAUCCACAGUGUGUACAAUUCCACGGAGCAAGGUUCAGGGGGUAACACAACACCUCGAGCAGAUUGGGGUGAAUUGAAUGGAAGUGACUGUCCAAGGCAACAAAACGAAAAAGCCUUUCUGGCUAGAAUCUGGGGCUCUUUCGAUUCACAUUAUAUGAAACCAUUACUAACUCAUUCCAGGCCCACUCUUCUAGAAACUUUGCCAGUGUGUUGCAACCCCUUGGCUAGAUUACUCACAACCACUGAGCAAAUGACACAGGAAGGCUCUAACAAACCAAUGCGCGAUUCUGAUUCUGAUCUAUGUAUAGAGGAAACCGAUUUUCCUAGCACUGAUAAUCUGAGACCUAAUUCUUAUAGAAUACCUUAAAUUCUGGGUUUGUGACAAGUUGCCGGUUGAUUUGUAGAAGAAAAUAAUGCAUUCUAGACUUUUGUGAUUUAGUGUUAUUUUGUACACAUAAAUUCUAUAAGUGGACAUCAAGUUUAAGCAAAGUUCAAGUAAGUUAUGAACUCACGUUAAAGCCUUUUACUUAUAUUAUUUUUUGUUGCCAUAAUUCAGUUCCAGUACAUUUCUGGAAUACAAUUGUUGAGUUUUUUGAUGUGGUUUAUUUAUACCAAUCAUAUGUAACUGAUUCAAAUUUUU